UCUGCCCCGGGGCCGCGCCCGCCCAGGUGCCCGCGGCGGGGGGAGCGGGGCCGGGACACGCCGGGGCGGUGCUGCCCGGCCCCCGCCCGCCCCUACCUCGGGCCUUACGGGAAGUGAUGUUGCCUUGACGGAAAAGACACGGUUGCAGCCCGAAAAGGGGCAGGUGCGGCGGACGCGGCGCUGCGGGAGCCCCGGCGGCCGGGGGAGAUGAGAAAUGGCUCUUUUUGCAUGACUAUGGUAUUCGAGACAUCUGAGCUGUGUCAGGAAACUUGUCACUGAAACACUCUUGGAAAACUACAGAUCUAUUCACAGCUGUUAAGUAUAGGUGCCUCCUGAAUUCUCACUAUGUCUGAUGGGGACUACGAUUACCUCAUAAAAUUUCUAGCACUCGGUGAUUCUGGAGUAGGAAAGACCAGCCUUCUUUACCAGUAUACAGAUGGCAAGUUUAACUCCAAAUUUAUCACAACGGUGGGCAUUGACUUCCGGGAAAAGAGAGUGGUGUAUAGACCCAAUGGGCCGGAUGGUGUUGGAGGCAGAGGACAGAGAAUACAUCUUCAGCUCUGGGACACUGCAGGGCAGGAAAGGUUUCGUAGCUUGACAACAGCUUUCUUCAGAGAUGCCAUGGGCUUUCUGCUACUCUUUGAUCUGACAAACGAGCAAAGCUUUCUGAAUGUCAGGAACUGGAUAAGUCAGCUACAAAUGCACGCGUAUUGUGAAAACCCUGACAUUGUGUUAUGUGGAAACAAGAGUGAUCUGGAAGACCAGAGGAUGGUGAAAGAAGAAGAGGCUAAAGAACUUGCAGAAAAAUACGGAAUACCAUACUUUGAAACCAGUGCAGCUAAUGGGAAUAAUGUAAGCAAAGCCAUUGAAACUCUGCUUGACCUCAUUAUGAAGCGCAUGGAACGGUGUGUGGAUAAAUCCUGGAUCCCUGAAGGGGUGGUGCGUUCCAAUGGGCACAGCUCUACAGAACAACUCAAUGAGGAGCAAGAAAAAGGCAAAUGUGGCUGUUAGCCCAGUUACAAUUAAGUUUAAUAUGUAUGAUAUAGUACAGUUGCAGCUUAACUGUUUAACUUAUGGACAAAUCACAUUGUGUAGUUAUUUAAUGAGCUCUAUUAAUUCUUGAUACUAAUUUUUGUUUUCUGCCUCUCAACCAACUUUGGCCUUUGCUUGCAAGGUAUGCAGUUUAUUACUGAUGGGACAGAGGAUUAGUUUGGUCUAGCACUGGAUAUUCCUCUACUUCUGUGCUUUGGAGAAAAGGGAAGGAAAGGAAUUUUCAUUACCAAAUUCGGAAACAUCUCUAUGGACAAUGAGAAAGGGUGGGGUUCUGAACUGAAGGGUUUUAUUUGCCCUUUGAAAGCUCCAGUAACUACACAGACUAGGCCUUUAGAUUAGAUACUGUGACAGCCUUUGGUCUCUACUAACAGCAAGCUUACCAACAUGGUUCUUGGUUUUGAACAGAAACAUUUAAUCAUUUCACCAAUCAGUAACAAUCUUAAAGAGCAAAUCCUGUGUUUUUCACAAAAGCUUGUGAGUAGUUUCUCCUUGCUCUCUCAAACCAUCAGUUUUUAGUGAUGAAAACCAAAAGAAAGCUAUUCAAUGCAGAGUAAAAAAAUCCAGAGUAGCACAGGGGUGCUCAUGGAGAGCACUUGUGGUAUGUCAUGUGCUUGAACAUGUAAACUACAACUGUACUAUAUAAAGUAUAUCCAACGCAGCCUGUGUGACCUCCUGACAGCAUCUGAAUUUCUAGAACACGCAGCUACAUAUAUUUAUGUGUAAGUGGCAUAACUGUGCAUCUGUUAUGUUUCUUUUAUAUUACCAUUCAUGUUUUAAGAGGAAUGUAGGCCAGCUUACAUGUCAGCAAAAUUUCAUCAGAGCUGGUGCUUUGCACUGAAUUUGUUUUACCAAACACAGAUUCAGAAUGUUUCUUCAAAUUUGGAUUGAAAAAUGAAUGAUGAUUUGUCUUCUGGUGAGAUGCAGCUAAGAUACUAGUUCUGUAGAUCAGUAUUUCUAUAAAUUUAUAAUGCUCAUUUUAUUCUGCCAACCUUUGUGUCCUGUACAUCUUGGUUAUCAUAUAUUCAUUUGUGGCUCAUUCAUUUCCUUUAGGUUGUAUUUAAAAAAGAAUAGAGUUGCUUUUCUUUCCCCCCCCCCUUACAGAUCAUAUAAAUGUCAGUUUUGGUUUCAGUGGAUCAUGUUACUCUGACCAUUUUUAUUUCUUCAUACAACCUAAGAAAGAAUCAGUGUUUUUUGGGUCUUUUUUCCAGACUGAUUUAUGAGAUGUGCCUACCAUACUGAUUUCUAUCCUGGCAGAGGUUGUAUAACUGUAAAGUAUUGCCAAUUAAAGUCAUAACAUGCCAAAUUGAGUCUCAUUAAAGACUUUCCACAGCAGUUUGUUUACAAAACUCUAAAGGUAUUGCUUCUUUAGAAAUUAUGUAUUUAUUUAUUUAAAUAUUCUAAGUACUGCAAUUUCAGGCAAGUAUUAAUACCACUUAUGAACAUGAAUUGCAACAUAACAAAUUUUAUGAAGGAAGGACCAAAAAUGUUUCUAGAAUAGGAGUUAAGAAAAAAUAUAUAUUUGAUGUAGCCUCUGGUUAUAUUAAUUAAUACAAGAAUAAGUGUUAAAACUUGGUUCUUAAAAUAUUUUACGCAGGAACGCGUUGUUCUUUAACAAACACAUGUAAAUAUUAAAUUUUUAUCACAGCCUACACAGAAUAUUUUAGAAGUGCAAUAUAAUUUGGCUGCUCUGGAGCUAGGACAGAGAUAAAAACAAUUUAUAUAUGAUUAUAGGGUUUGGUUUUUUUCUACUGCACAAUACCAAGAUUCUAAAAUGCUUGUGGACCGGGGUUACUGUAGUUGAACUCAGAGUGCCUUUUGAAGUUACCAUCAUGUCUCUGACCAGUAGAGCAACAAACUCUACUGUAGGACACAAUACAUUUCAAUGUACUUCAGUGUCUGAAUUUCUUUUAAUGUAACUCUUUGCUUUUCAGAGGGUUACAGUGGAACUUUGUCAUGCAUUAACUUUAAUGGGAGUUUUUGUGCUUAUGCUCCAUCCAGUACCUGAAAACUUUAAGGAUUAUUGCAACCAACUACUGAGCUAAGUAGCUACUGAAAUGGUGUAAAAAUAUUUCCUUUUGAAUACUUAUGUUUAAAUUGGAUAUUAAAUAUUAAAUACUGGAACUGUCAUAUUUUUGUCAUGCCUGUUAUUUGUAGCUAUUUACAAAGAGAGUCUACAUAAAAUUGCUUUGAUGUCA